AUGGUAGUUGAAUUUGUAGUAAUCUCCUUACAGUGGAGGGACAGUUGGUUUAGUAAACGGACGGACCCAAAGACUUCUUAUUUGACAUGCUAAGGAUUUACUCUGCCUGUCCACCGUCAUACCUGUAAUAACGGGUCAAUGACGAGGAUGAGACCAGAGUUAGAGGAAGAGGCUGAGAGAGAUGGAUCUACAUAGUUUUACUCUUCCAUUCAUUCAUCAAUAAAGCUGAUCUCUGAUUUAUGGGCUGAUUCUCCUCCUAAAGUUGACGCCCCCCUGAUUCUGAUUCCUCACUGAUUCCUCUGCUGACCCCGAUCAGUGUGGACCCUCAGAAUGAGGAUGAUCACCUUCUUCGUGAUUGGACUGACAGUCCAUGUGGUCUUCUUCAUCUCUAUCUUUGACAUCUACUUCACCUCUCCCCUCGUCCAUGGAAUGACCCCACGCUCCACACCGCUGCCUCCUCCGGCCUCCAGGCUGGUGCUGCUGGUGGCUGAUGGUCUCAGGGCUGAUAGUUUCUACACGCUCCUUCCUAAUGGCUCAUCCAGAGCACCAUUCUUAAGGAGAGUGAUAGAAGAGAGUGGGACCUGGGGCGUGUCACAUACUCGUGUACCUACAGAGACUCGUCCCGGACACGUCGCUCUCAUCGCUGGUUUCUAUGAGGAUGUUAGCGCCGUAGCUAAAGGGUGGAAGGAGAAUCCAGUGGAGUUUGACUCAGUCUUUAAUGAGAGCAGAUACUCGUGGUGCUGGGGCAGCCCUGAUAUUCUGCCUAUUUUCUCCAAAGGAGCCAGCGGAAACAGAAUGUACACUCACACUUACCCUGCAGAGGAGGAGGACUUUGCCUCUACAGACGCCUCUAGACUGGACACCUGGGUGUUCACUCAAGUCAAAUCUUUCUUCCAGUCAGCCCAGUCUAACUCAAGUCUAAAGGACAGCCUUCUGAAGGAUAAGAACAUCUUCUUCCUUCAUCUGCUUGGCAUUGACACAAAUGGACACGCUCACAGACCCAUGUCACAGGAGUACUUGGACAACAUCGGGCUGGUGGACACCGGCGUUGCUGAGAUGGUGUCUUUAAUAGAAGACUUUUUUGGUCAUGAUGGCAGAACUGCUUACGUGUUCACCUCUGAUCACGGCAUGACCAACUGGGGCUCCCACGGUGCAGGCCAUCCCUCUGAGACCCUAACGCCUUUAGUGGCAUGGGGGGCGGGAGUCAAUAACGCCCAGAGAGUGACAGAACCGCAGCGGUAUGAUGACGGGUUUCUCCAAGAAUGGAACCUGGAGCACAUUCGUAGAGUUGAUGUUAAUCAGGCAGACAUCGCUCCUCUCAUGGCCUCUCUCAUCGGCUUGUCUUUACCUCUGAACUCAGUGGGCGUGCUGCCUCUCCUCUACCUAAACAACAGUGAUCAGUUUAAAGCAGAGAGCAUGUUCACUAAUGCUGUUCAGAUACUGGAGCAGUUCAAGGUCAAAAUGACCCAGAAACGGGAGACCACUUUGUCCUUCCUCUUCACCCCAUACCAAGAGCUGACAGAGUCAAAACAAGCAGAAUUUACCCACAAGGCCAGAAUCCUGAUCCAGCUGGAGAAGUACGAGGAUGCUAUCUCUCUGUGCCACUCGCUGAUCUCUCAGGCCCUGCAGGGUCUGGUUUACUACCACACCUACGACAGGUUUUUCCUGGGCUGCAGCGUUGUGCUGGGAUUCGUGGGCUGGACCUCCUACGUCGUCCUCGUCAUUUUAAAGACUCACGCCACUCUGGACAGAAAUCCCAGCCACCUCAGACAGAUUCCUGAGCGUACCCUGGCCAGGCUGAGCGUCUGUGUGGCAGUGAUGAUUACCGUCUUCCUGCUCAUUCAGAGGAGCCCCCUCACCUACUACAUCUACUGCCUGCUGCCUGUUCCUGUGUGGUACUCUGUCCUUAAAGAGAGUGGUACUCUGACUGAUCUGGUCCACUCUGCUCCCUCUCUGCCUCUGUGGAAAUGUCUCUGUUAUUUUGUAUUGGUGGCGUUUGGGAUCGAACUGCUGGUGGUGAGUUUCUUCCACCGUGCUGUCCUCACAGUGGGCCUGGCCUGCCUCUCUCUUUGGCCCUUCCUGUCCGGUCUGUUCAACACAGCAAAGCCUCGCUCUCUCAGCUGGUUUCUUGGCUGUCUCUGGCUCUCUGCCUUCCCUCUGAUGCCCGUUGUUGGUCGAGAACCAAACAUACAUCUGGUUACUUGUGCAGGCCUCCUCACUCUCUUCACCUCGGCCUUUUUCCUCUGGUCGUCUCGACAAAGAACGCCACUGCACCUCAGUGACAGGCAGCAGUUUGUCAUACAGAUGGUUCAUGUGUCGGUGUGCACGUACGUUCCCUCUCUCACUCACUCCAGCCUACAGCAGAAACAAGGUUUGCCUCUCCUGAACCAGAUCAUCAGCUGGACCACGCUAGCCUCGUCUUUGCUGGUUCCCUUGUUGAGCUCUACACGUAUUUUCCAUCGUCUCCUCAGCAUAUUCCUGUCACUAACAGCCACAUAUCUGCUGCUCAGCACCGGGUCAGAGGCCUUGUUCCCUCCUGUGUUGUCUUGGCUGAUGUUUGUUUGGAUCAACAUCGAACAGGAAGCCAUGAUGGCUCAGGGCGUCACUGGAAGACAAGAGCUCUCCACCAUUGAUUUCUCUGCAAACAUCGACAUCACCAAAAUCAGACAGCUAAAGCUGGACGACAUCAGACGAUCCUACUUUUUCGUAUUUUUUAUAAUAACAGCCUUCUUUGGCACAGGAAACAUUGCUUCUAUUAACAGUUUUGACCCAGCGUCUGUCUACUGUUUCCUCACUGUGUUCAACCCCUUCAUCAUGGGUGGCCUGAUGAUGUGGAAGGUCAUUAUUCCGUUCAUAAUCGUGAUGUGUACGUUUGAGACCAUCCAGGUGGCCACUCAGCUGUCUUCUAGAAGUUUGUUCCUCAUCGUUCUGGUCAUCUCUGACAUAAUGGCUCUGCAUUUCUUCUUCCUGGUUCAGGACUACGGCAGCUGGUUGGACAUCGGCACCAGCAUCAGCCAUUAUGUGAUUGUGAUGUCCAUGACAAUCUUCCUGAUGGUACUGAGCGUGCUCACUCACGCCUUCACCUCCAAACGCCUCAUCCUGUGGAGGACCAAGAUGCACUUCACCUGAACAAACGCCAGGGUGUGACUGUGACAGAAAUGUUUUAUAUUUAUUUGGUAUUUGUAGAGAUUUUUGAUAAAGGAUUUGCCUUAUUAAACUGAGAUUAUUUAUUUAUAAUGAGAGGUUAGAGCUCAGAUUAACUGACUGGGGAAUUCAUCUUUGAUACGUCUGUUAAAGCAGAAGCUGGAGUCAGAGAGUUUACUACACUACUGACUGGGACAAUGACAAUAAACCCUCCUCAAUCAAAUUUUACACCCUAAUAGGCUGUUCAGAACAAAAAUCUCCACUCUGAAAGUAUUCAUUAAAAACUAUUUUCACUAGCUUCAGUCCUGAUCAAAACAGAACUAAAAAAUUGUAACCUUUUGGGGAUUUUUACCCAAAAAAUGUCAGUUUGAAUACAACAAGUCACUGAUGUUUUUUUUUGUUUUGUUUGUUUUUUUUUUUUUAAUUUCUAAGAAUAAUUGUCAGGUGGGGUUUUUUUAAAGCACGGUCCUGUUUAUGUCAAAGAUUACCCACAAAAUUAAUUUUGUUGCCUUAUCAUUUCUAUUGUAUUGUCAGAUUUAAAAUUAACUGGACAAAAAAUGGUGUCAAAGAAUGUGACAAAUAAAAACAUUGAUUAAUUCAUAAAUCAAUAAAUUAUUCAUAUUAUUAUCACAAUUAUAGUUGUGCAUCAAAACCAAUAAUAUUGGUUAAGUUUGACACAUCUGUGUCUGUAGUGUAGAAUAUUAAUACAGUAUUACAGCCCCCCAUCAUACAUGAAAUAGGAAAUAACUAAUAUAUUAAAUAUAAAACAGUGACUUUUUGUAUUCAGACAAGCAUUCAAAGGGUUAAAAUCCUUAAAAUCAGUGUGAUUUAAAAUUAAACUGUAGUUAUUAAGUGAGAUUUGUGCUUAAAAGUUAGUAAUGUAUAAAACAAACUCCCUAAAAUGUCAAAUUAGUGAAGAACCCUUUGGGUACUGGUCUCUGAUGUCUCUUAUUUUGGGGUCACAGGUUGAGAAGUUCUUGAUCUCCUUUAUUAGGGUGUUAAAUUUGUACAGGGGAAAUGGUUGGCCUAUUAUAGAUAUGAUAUGUAGAACUUUUGCACUGUAUGACGUAUUUUAAUGUAAAACAUCACCAUUCCUAUGUUCCACAUAUUUUUGAUUGAGGUCUUGCAGUGUCUGAAAUAUUUUCUGAAGUUUUCUUUGACACAAAAAUUAUUAUCUUUGUUUAUUAAUGUAACAGGACAUGGCUUUUAUGGAGGCUGUCAUAGGUUAGGAGUUCCAUCACCCAGACUCACCUCUGCACAUAAAACCCUCCACACUCAGCAUUACCAGAGAGCUCAGACCAGCUCUGCUCACCUCUGCUGCAGCUCUGCUCUAAGUACUAUUUUUGUUUUGAAUUGAGGACACUGUUUAAUAAAACUGCCUCCUCGUAAUUACUGGUGGCAGAAUUUUACACACUACAAUGAAAGUUGAAUUUCAAAAUUUGUUAAUAAUAAAACCAUCCCACAAAAAAAUGUAAUCCAUUUUAUUUAUAUAACACAUUUUAAAAACAUUCAAGUUUACCAAAGUGCUGCACAGUAAAAACAAAGAAACAGAUCACAAAAACUCUAGAAGUUAAAAAAUAAAGAGGAAAGAAAUUAAAGCAGGCAAGAACACCAUAAAAACCUUUAAAACUACAUAAAAACAUAAAACAAGUAAAAGCCAUGAAAAACACAGGAAUUAAAAACAAAAAACAAAAAGUAGUGGAUCACACAUUAAAGUAAAAAAAAUCCCCUCUAUGGACAAAAAUGUCCAGACUGACUCUAUAAGAGUUAAUUUACUGUAGAUAACUUCUGGUUUAUAUUUUAUAAUUCAUCUUUUUGUAUUCUAGUUUGGUUCUUCCCCCUGUCAUAAUGUGAUUUUAGGGAAUGAAUGAUCUGCACUAAUCCAGACUGUUAAUUCUUUUUAAUCAUUAAUGAACUGAUAAAACUUGAAUAUUAACUGAAUUAUGUCUCUGCCAAGGCUGCUGAUGGAUGAUCUAUUCAUUCUCAUAGUGUUUCCUGUAACGCUGCCUCAGACGUGUCAUAUUCAGAAGAAAAAGGGAUGUUUGUUUUUUUACGAAUGUGUGAAGA